AUGUCUGGAAGGCCCGACGUCCUCGUAAUUGCAUCUAGUGUUCAGGAAAUCGACGAAUUACGUCGUCAGCGCCUAGAACAAGAGUUCAACUUGAUCCAAUAUGACUGCAGCUCCGUCGAGGAAUUCAAAGAGCGCAUGAAACCUGGCGGGCCCUACUCGUCCAUCCAAGCCAUCAUCCGUCUCGGCUGGCUCAAAGCAGGCCAAUUCGCAACACAUCUACCCUUCGCAACAGAUGUAGUACCACACUAUCCUCCUAGCCUGAAGAUCAUCUGCUGCACUGGCCAUGGCCACGACGCCGCGGACACCGAAGCCAUCACCCAGCGAGGCAUCUGGUACUGCAACACGCCCAACGCCUGCACGGAAGCGGUCGCCAACACGGCAACCUAUCUCAUCCUCGACACGUUCCGCUACUUGACAUAUGCACAAUGGUGCGCUCGCUAUGAUUGGAUGAAGAGCCGCGAACUCGGCACCAGAGCAGUCGAUCCCCUCGGAAAAGUGCUCGGAAUCGUAGGCUUGGGAGACAUUGGGUUGCAAAUCGCCAAGAAGUGUGAGAGUGCGUAUGGCAUGGAGAUUUCUUACCAUGGUCCGAGGAGGAAAGCAUAUGCGGAGGGGAAAUUGAUGCAUGGAGCGAGGUAUUUUGCUUCGUUGGAGGAGAUGAUCCCCGAGGUGGAUUGUCUCUGUCUGGCGGCGCCUUACACGAGGGAGACGCAUCAUCUGCUGUCUGCGGAGCAAUUCCGUCUGGCUAAGGCUUCUGGGUUGCGCGUGGUGAAUAUUGCGAGGGGCAAGAUGAUUGAUGAAGAUGCUCUUCUGGGGGCGAUGGAGAGGGGGCAAGUGGUCGGUGUAGGAUUGGAUGUACACGCCGAUGAACCCGGCAUCAAUGAGAAAUUCAGAGAGAAUUGGAUGACGACGGUGUUGCCGCAUAUCGGUGUCUGUUCGAGGACGAGCUGGGAGAAUUUUGAACGGCAGAGUUGGGAUAAUCUGGAAGCGUUCUUUGAGAAGGGGAGGCCAGUUAAUUUUGUGAAGGAUCUUGAGUCGUGA